CGAGGCCAGGCGAGGGGCGCCGGCCUCGCGUAGAUCUCGGGCGGCGGGUGCGCCUCCGGCCGGAGCGCGGCGGCUCGGGCAGUGACUGCGAGUGUGGCGCCGCCGGCGGCGCACGGAGGAUGCAGGCCAUGGACCCUGCUGCGGCGGAUUUUUACGAGGAGGACGGCAAAGACUUAGACUUCUACGACUUCGAGCCGCUCCCCACUCUGCCGGAGGACGAGGAGAACGUGUCCCUGGCCGACAUCCUCUCCCUGCGGGACAGCGGUCUCAGCGAGCGGGAGGCCUGGGCCGUGUGCCUGGAGUGCAGCCUGUCCAUGAGGAGCGUCGCGCACUCGGCCAUCUUCCAGACCCUGUGCAUCACGCCCGACACCCUGGCCUUCAACACCAGCGGGAAUGUGUGCUUCAUGGAGCAGCUCAGCGACGACCCCGAGGGAGCCUUUGUCCCCCCGGAGUUCGAUGUGACUGGGAACACCUUUGAGGCCCACAUCUACUCUCUGGGGGCCACGCUGAAGGCAGCCCUCGACUAUGUGACGGAGCCCGAGCCCCAGCCCAGGCUGAGCCGGGAGCUGGAAGCGCUGCUGGGCCAGAUGCAGGCCGAGGACCCCCGGGACCGGCCCGACCUGCAGAGCAUCAUCGCACUGUGCGAGGAGAAGAUGCAGCUCACGUCCUCCUGCCACCUGUGCCAGAGCCUCUCGGCUGCCGGGAGGAGGGUGCUCUCCAUCGAGUCCUUCGGGGCGUUUCAAGAUGUCAGUGAGAUCACCUGGAGGGAGAGACUGGCUCCAAAAAGUGUGGGGCCCAAGAGGCAGCCAGGGGACCGCUCCGCGGACCCAGCGGCCCUGCCUGCCCUGGAGGGCCAGCCCCUGAGCCCCGCCGGAGAAAGCCUGGAGCACCCGGGGACCCCGCCCUCCAAGGCUCUGCUGUCAGCCCCUGUGAAAAACGGAGAAAGCCCGGGCCAGGAGGGGCUGGUCCCCGAGGGGCUGGCCUGCCUCCUCCUGGACGCCCAGCGGCCCCUGGGGGACCCGGACAGAGGCUUCCUGGAGAGGAGCCGCCUGAGGAAGGUGCAGACGCUGCCCCGGCUCCCGCCCUGCAGCCCCGAGGCCGGCGCCCUCCGCCUGUCGCUGACCAGCACGAAAACCCAGCCGCCGGCACCAGAAUUCUUCCCUCCAGACCCCAGGAAGCCCUUUCCGGAGGGGAAAAAUGGCCUUACCAGCUCCCAGGCACAGCCCGAAUCCAGUCUGUGGCCGGAGCGAGACGCCGAGCUCCGGCGCGUUGGGGACAGGGGAGCGCAUGGCCGGGGCCCCGCGGAGGAAAGCCCCCUGCCCGGUUCCAAGGGCCCUCGCGAUGCGGGCAGAGACCCAGGGACUCCCGAGCCUGAUGACGGGACUGCGGACAGAGCCGGGGAGCCGGGCGGAGCAGCCCUGGAGCAGGGCGUCUCCCUGCAGGACCUCCUGUCUAAGCUGGGCCGGCCCUUCAAGGAGUACGAGCUCUGGGCUCUGUCCCACGCAUGCCUCAGCACCCUGCGGACGCACGGCCAGCACCCAGCCUACCUGUGUCUGGACUCCGUGCUGGUGGCCGAGGAUGGAACCGUGCUUUUCGGGCCACCUCCCGCCAGCGGUGCUUACAACUCGUUCUUUCUGGCUCCCGAGGUCGCAGAGCAAAAGCUGACGACUGAGAAGGCAUCUGUGUACUGCGUGGCCGCGAUCCUGUGGACAGCAGCCAAGUUCAGCAUUCCCCGAGACCACAAACUGGCCCUGCCACGCAGGCUCAAGACGCUCCUCCUGCACAUGGCCAGACGCAGCGCCCAGGAGCGGCCGUCCGCGGCCGAGGCCAUCGAGACCUGCAGCGGUUACCUCCUGCACAGAGGCAUGGACAGCAGAAAGAUCCUAGCCCACCUGAGGGCAUCGACCUGCACGGUUCGCCAGGAGGAAGAGACCAUCGGUCUGCAAAACGCCUUCUUGGUGGCUGAACUGAGCCCCAGCACAGCAGCUGCGCCCAGGCCCGGCUCAGGCUUCCUGCAGAUCAGCAGUGACAGCAGGCUGGUGGCCGUGCAGGGGCCGGUGCCCGGCCAACCCUCCUGCCUCCAAGGGGCCACGUUGCUGCCAGAGGCAUUCGCCUCCCCGGCCACUCACUUCAGGCCCAUCGUCCUCGCUGCCAAUGCUGGUGUCGCCAGGGACACGCUCGCCCUGACCUCGGGGCCGGCUGAGGGGCCUGAGGAGAGGAGAGGCCGGCUGGACGGGGAGGGUGAUGGGAAGCAGGCUCCUGAGACCCAUGGAGCGGCCACUGGCCUGAAGACGCCUGACCGGCCAGCACCCGGUUCCCCAGAGCCCCUCAGGGAGUCGACGCCAAGAGACUCAGCCCAGGGCUGCCCCAGCCCCCCAGCCCCCGCCCCGGCCAGCCCGCUGGAAGGGGCUGCACUGGUGAUGCCCAAAUCCCCGGCCCUGCCCACGACAACACAGAUGCCACCCCUGGAGCGAGGGCCGAAGGAACCCAUCCCAACUGCAGCUGCUUGUGGAGGCCUCGAGCCCCGCCUCCCCGGGCCCACCGCAGCCCCCCACAGUCCUUGCCACCCAGCCAAGCCGCCCAGGGGCAGGGCCACCCAGGUCCCAGGCCAGGAGCCCGAGGGCCCCCCGUCAGCCCCGCGGAGCCCCUCGCCGGCCACAGGGAGUCCCGACGGCCCCGGGGGAGCCCCCGUCAGGGAGUGGGAUGACCGGGCCCCAGAAGGUCACCCGGAGUGGCCCUGCCCAGCAGACCACAAGCUCUGUCCGUCCAGCGCAGAUGCCUUGCCCCUCUCACAGGGGACAGCCUGCCCGUCGCUGCAGGAGGCCACACGCCUCAUCCAGGAAGAGUUUGCCUUUGACGGCUACCUGGACCACGGGCUGGAGGCUCUGAUCAUGGGGGAGUAUAUUUACGCCUUGAAAGACCUCACCUAUGCCACUUUCUGUGGGGCCAUAUCGGAGAAGUUCUGUGACCUCUACUGGGGGGAGAGGUUGCUGCAGAACCUUUUCAGAGUGGUGAACGGGAGGACGCCACCCUCCGAGAAGGCCCGUGUCUGUGACGUCUGUGGCCUGUGGCCAGGCCGUCCUGGAGGUCUGGGGGGGCCUCGGUCACCGACACCCCCGCUUCGCUCCCAGGGGAAGCCUCUAGUAAGCCUGUGGGAGGGUCCCGGGGGUGCCUGCAGUGUCCUCCGUUCUGAUGGCAGCACUUCCGAGGAGGCUGGGCCACAGCCCAAGGGCAGCGGUGGGACCAGCGCUCCGAGCACAUGCUCACCGUCCAGCAAAAGGCCUUCACAUCUCGGAGCGGCGAAGGAGAAGCCGAGCGUGGACUCAGACGAGCUCUCACGGAGCAACUUUGAGGUGGGGUUUCGGCCUCAGAAGUCGGUAGCAGCUGAGAGGGAGCAGCCCCAGGCAGAAGAGGCCCGGCAGCAGGGCGGGGGCCUGGCUGGGGGCUCUGAGGCAGUGGCACGGCUAGCCCGGCCCCCGGAGGGCGGCCCAUCCGUGAGCCCAGGCCCAGGCGGCUUGCAGAGCUGCAGCCCCGGCUGGUGCAGCGCCUUCUACGAGGCCGACUGCUUCAGCGCCGACGUGCACUGCUACGUGAAGGAGCUGGCGAGGCAGAAGGCCGCCGGGUGCCCCACUGCCAAUGCCCAGACCCCGGAGCUGGAGCAGCAGCUCAUGAUAGAGAAGAGAAACUUCCGGAAAACCCUCAAGUUCUACCAGAAGCUCUUACAGAAGGAGAAGCGGAACAAAGGCUCCGAGGUGAAGACCAUGUUGUCCAAACUGAAGGGGCAGCUGGAAGAGAUGAGGUCCAAGGUGCAGUUCCUCGGGCUGGUCAAGAAGUACCUACAGGUCAUGUACGCGGAGCGGUGGGGCCUGGAGCCCUGCGCCCUGCCCGUGAUCGUGAACAUUGCGGCCGCCCCCUGCGACACACUGGACUUCAGCCCCCUGGACGAGUCUUCUUCCCUCAUCUUCUACAACGCCAGCAAGCGCCCGCGUGGCGGCCGGCAGAGGAAGGCCCGCGUCCUGCAGGCUGGCACGCCGCUGGGGCUCAUGGCCUACCUCUAUUCCAGCGACGCCUUCCUGGAGGGCUACGUGCAGCAGUUCCUGUACACCUUCCGGUACUUCUGCAGCCCCCACGACUUCCUGCACUUCCUGCUGGACCGCAUCAGCAGCACCUUGUCCAGGGCCCACCAGGAUCCCACCUCCACCUCCUCCAAGAUCUACAGGCGCAGCUUCUGCCUCCUGCAGGCCUGGCUGGAGGACUGCUACGCCGUGGACUUCAGGAGGGACGCCGGGCUCCUGGGGAGGCUCCAGGACUACCUCGCCUCCCAGAUCCUGCCCUUGGACGGCUCCGCAGAGCCCCUGUUGAGCCUCCUGGAGGUGGGCACCGAGCGGCGGGCUGAGGGUGCCCCACGCAGCACAGACCUGCAGGACCCCAAGGAGGCGGAGGACACCGCCAGGCCCCUCAACGCCCUGUGGAAGAGGCUCUCAGAGGACGGCAUCUCCCGGAAGAGCUUCCCCUGGCGGCUGUCCCGGGGCAACGGGCUGGCGCUGCCCCACCACAAGGAGCGCCAGUACAGCAUCGCAUCCGCCCUGCCCAAGCCCUGCUUCUUCGAGGACUUCUAUGGCCCCUAUGCCAGGGCCAGCGAGAAGGGGCCCUACUUCCUGACCGAGUACAGCACCCACCAGCUCUUCAGCCAGCUGACGCUGUUGCAGCAGGAGUUGUUUCACAAGUGCCACCCCGUCCACUUCUUAAACUCUCGGGCCCUGGGCGUCACGGACAAAAGUGUGGCCGUCCCCAAAGUCAGCUCCUCUGGGUCUCUGUCGGCCGAAACCUGCAGCUUAUUUCUGCCCAGCUACGUCCAGGACACGUACCUGUUACAGCUUCUGAGAAGCGCAGACGACGUCAGCACCUGGGUGGCCGCCGAGAUCGUGACCAGCCACACCUCCAAGCUGCAGGUGAACCUGCUCUCCAAAUUUCUGCUGAUCGCGAAGUCUUGCUACGAGCAGAGGAACUUCGCAACAGCCAUGCAGAUCCUGGGCGGCCUGGAGCACCCGGCCGUGCGACAGUCCCCUGCCUGGAGAAUUCUACCCGCAAAGAUAGCAGAGGUCAUGGAGGAACUGAAAGCCGUGGAGGUCUUCCUGAAGAGCGACAGCCUGUGUCUGAUGGAAGGACGGCGCUUCAGGGCCCAGCCCACCCUGCCCUCAGCCCACCUCCUGGCCAUGCACAUCCAGCAGCUGGAGACAGGGGGCUUCACCAUGACCAACGGGGCCCACAGGUGGAGCAAGCUCAGAAACAUCGCCAAGGUGGCGAGCCAGGUCCACGCGUUCCAGGAGAACCCCUACACGUUCGCCCCCGACCCCAAGCUGCAGUCCCACCUCAAGCAGAGGAUCGCCCGAUUCAGCGGGGCGGACAUCUCCAUCCUGGCCGAGGACAGCAGGGCUGGCGCCCACCAGGUGGCCAGCGAGAAGCACUCCAAGAAGAUUCAGGACAAGCUGCGGAGAAUGAAAGCCACGUUCCAGUAGCGCAGGACAGCGGGCUGGGUGUGCAGCCCACACCGAGGACAGGCCUGGGGUGGAAGGGGCCGUGCCUGCUGUGUCAGACAGGGACCCCCAUGGCCCAGGAGGGGCACCGGGGCGGGAGCACGGGCUCAGACCCAGACCCAAGAGAUGGUGCCAGGAGAGGCUGAGGGGGGUUUCUAAGGGAAUUUUAAAAUAUUUAAACCAAAAUAGGAUAGGUAAGCUCCCCAGGAACCGAGUACCCAUUUAUAUUUCUCAAAGAUAAACAGCUUUCACCCAGUUCUCUGGCCGUUCAGCCCCAGAAACCCCACACCCCAGCACCCAGCUCAGGCUUUAAACCCAGGCGCCCACUGAGCGGUGUUCCCACGGGUCUGGUGUGCGUCUGCUCACCAACGAAGGGCCAAGACUGUCCUCUGACCCCCUGACGGCCACAGAUUCCAGGGGCUCUGGAACCUUCUCGGGGCCCUGAGGCUCCCCACCCUGGGCUUCCUCCCUGCCGGGCCUCCCCCUCCUCCAGCCCCAACCCCUGGCUGCCCACCCAGGCCCAGGUGCGGGUGCCAGAGCCUCGCAGCCCUUCCCGCCAAGAGGCCCGGCCUUGCCUCCGUCCCAGCCCGGCCUCCUGCUGCCGGAGAGCGCCUCAUGCUCCACACUGGCCGCUCCCAAGUGCCCCGUGGCCCCUGUGCCCACCGCCCCACCACCGAGAGCACUUCCUGCUGGGGCAGGUACACCUGGGCCGAGGCUCUGCUUCCAAAGCAUGCAGGACUCAGACAGCCGCUCCAAAGCAGAGACACAGCCUCAGGGGCCCUGAGAGCUUCCCUCUGCCCUACCUGGGGGCCUGGGGGCUGUAGGGCCGUGGCCGGGUCCCCCCCUUCUUCAGCAGCCAUGCAUGUGAUGCACACACCCACGCCUAGCUCCCAAGGCUGGCCGUCACCAGCGCUUUCUGACGAGGAAACGAAGUCUGCUGCCUCGGUGGUACCAAGCUCUUCCCCAGGGCCGUUUCCAAACUGCGCUCGGCCAGGGGCAUGGGACCAGGACAGCACGUCACACCUCCACAGCAGGGAGGCCAGAGCCCUGGCACCACCCCAGGCACCAGCGUUUUUACGUCGCCAAUCGCUGCAAGACCCAAGACUGUUCUUUUCAGUUUUAGAAUUAGUGACUCUUCAGCGCAGCCAGCUCAUGCUAUUUCUAGGAAAACCACUACCUGUGAUCAAACACUGUUGUCAAGACGUGUUUUCCCACAUAUAUUCAUUUGCAACAUCUACGUCCCGCUUUCGUGAGAGGCACUCCGGGCCCUGCAAACGUGGCUUUUAUAUGAGAAUUUGGUUCUGCAGAUCAGCUCCUACCUUUUCAGGAUUUGAAUUCAACGAAGCGCCACAAAGCCUGAAAUGAAGUGAGCGUCCAGUGCAAAUGAACAUUCCAACUGUAACGGUUCAUCUGGGGGCGCGGCCAGGCUUCGGCUCCAGCACGACUGUCUGCAUGUCGCCCUCACGCGCGGUUUACGUUUCUAAAUAAAGUCGUUUCUACCAAGACCGCCUUCGCGGGUUCCUGGUGUUUACCUGCUUCGUGGGUCAGCGUGGCUUCUUCGAGCCAGACGAAGACGUCUUCAGGGCUGCUCGUGAAGGCGGGAGGGGACGAGGGACCGAGGAGGCUCAGGCCACCGCGAUGUCCUCCGACGGUGCGCAGAGGGCCAAACCCCACCACCCGGGGCCCGUGAGCAGGCAGACACCCCACUGCCCGGGACGUACCUGCCGCUGGAGGAGGAGACAGCCAACCUCCCACAGUCGCUGACCUGCCGAGGCCUCCGGGCACCACGGCCCGCGCCUGUCUGCCACAAGCCCUGCCCAUCCUGGCGUCCGGCCACGCAGGCCUCGUCCGCAGCCCACAGGCCAAGCAGCAGGCUCAUCGUCACCGGGGGCAGGCUGGGGCGUUCCCAGGGCUUGGUCACCACCAAAGGGUCCCAGUGGAAGAGCUGAGGGCUGGUGGACACCAACAAAGACGGGGAGAUGGUGGGGUCGUGUUACUGUGGACAGGAGCUGCCGUGGUCACGUGGCUCUGGAGUCUGGGCCGGGGCGGGGUGUCCUCAGCCACCUUAGAACCACCAGACCCUGGUCCCUCUUCCUCCCGAGACACGACUAAAGCACCAGGAAGCCCGGCUCUCCCUUCGCUACAUCGGCUCUUAUCACAUCAACACGUUUUUCUGAGAACUGCCAGCCAGCACCCCAGCCAGCAACCCCCAACCCCAUGCAGCCCCUCCUACGCUGAAUGGAGCCCAGCCCUGUGCACCCAGGCUCUGGGGAAGCCCCCUCCACAAAAGGGGUCCCACUCCCCCGCGCCCAGCAGGCUGUGAUCAAGCCCGAGGCAGCCCCCGGGCCGGCACCAGCACCCGCCACCCGGAGAAGGCCAGUGGGACCCCAGCAGCCAGGCUAUCGCCUGGGACACGGGCUCGGAGUGGCCGGUGGUGCUGGGGUAAGUGGCCGAGGGGCUGGCUGGGCGCCGGCCACACCCCUCCCUGCGGCUUGUGUCCUUCCGCCUGCUGUCCGACACCCGCUGCAAGGACGGCGGGACUUCUCCUGGGACGGGACGGCUUGAGCUGCCACUUUCCUGCAGCCCCAUCUCCUCACUGCCUCUCCCGCUCCCCAGGGGGUGGACCUCAGUGACCGUGGGAAACGCUGUUCUGAAGGGAGACUGCGCUGAAGACAAAAGAACUGCAGUGAGGACCGCACCCCGGUUGGGAGCAGCUUCUCAGGCACCAGGCCAGCCUUCCGAGGCUCCUCUGCGCACUCGCUGUGGGGUGGGACGCGAGUAGACAGUUGGAGACGAGGGCACCAGGCCUCCUACCAUCCAAGACAGGAUCUCACGGAGCCCAAGGUGCGAGGCGGUCAGGGACCCGAGAGACAGGUUGCGCGCAAUCCACUUCCCAGCUGCCACCGCACGAUCUGUCGCAGCUUCGCUGACGUGUCAGGGGAUGGCUCUCUGCGGUGGGGCUCUCCUGAGCCUGCAGGAUGUUUCGUGGCAUCUCUGAUCUCUACCCUCUAGAUGCCAGCAGCACCGCCCCCUGCCCCCAGCUGUGACAACCAACAACUGUCCAGACAUCGCCAAAUGUCCCCUGGGGAGCAAAACUGCCCCCAGAGCCACGGGCCCAGAAGCAGUGAUGCCCCAAUAGCAGCAGCUGCAUCCUGUGCCCAAAUCUUGGUUUCCAGAUGCCAUUCAAGUCUCCGAGAAAAGGAAAUGGCUGACUCCAGGGCUUGAGUGGGGAAAGUGCCAGAUGAGCCAGGAGCUGGCAGUGCUAAAGCAGGGCUUGGGGUGGGAGGGCAGAUCAC